AUGCACAUUCCCGUGUGCAAAAGGGGGAAACCCAGAGAAGAAGCUGUUCGAAGAGGAGCCUUAUACCCAUUUGAGCUUGCCCUCCAAGACCAACUGGGCUCAGCACGUGAACUACCAAAGCACUUCCGGCCGGCCUCCGCAGAGGCGUGGCUGUCAGCCCGGCUGCCGCAGCCGCAGUUUCAGCGGCGGCGACGAUUAGGGGCGGGGCCGGUCGCUGCAGAGCCCGCCAUAUGUGAGUGGCUGGGUUUGGGGAGGCGACGUUUCUGGAAGCUGCUGGAAAGCGCUCGAGUGGCGGAGGUGACGCCGGCGGCCAGGGGGUGGGGCGUGAUUAAAACUAGUGCGCGGCCGGCAGCGGAGGGAUUAACGCUGAGCAAAGAGACUGGCGCGCGGCUCGCUGCGCCCUGGCCCGCGGGAGCCCGGGUCGGACGCCGGCGCGGCGCGAGCAACCCGGUGGGUGGGCGGGCGAGGGAAGGGCUGCCCGGCCGCCGCAGGCUGCGAUGGAGGCCCUGGGCCGGCGCGGCCGUGCGGCGCCGCGGUCUCCAGGACUGUGGGCCGCGCGGGGCCCCCGCUGUCCGCUCUCCUAAAGCCUCGGCGAGAGCCGAGCUGCCCCAGAGUGCGUGUUCACAAAGGGUCACCACACACGGAGCUGCCCCUCCCUGUCUCCCUAAACCCCAUCUUCGAGGCCAGGGGCUUUCUACCAGGAUUCUGGGGUGUUCUUCCUUUCCUCCCUCCCAGAUCUUCUCACGGUGUCCAGCUCCCAGCGCACUGAAACAUACCACAUAAAGGCUUCCACAGUUCUGAACCCCCCUCCUCUCUUACUCGUGUCAUGUCUUGUGUUGCUACGCUGUUGACUCCAGAUUUGACGCCCAUUUGUUCUGGGAUGAUAUGGUGAUUCUGUUGAAAAUGAUAAAACACUCCCUUCAGCAAGUCCUAAGGCACUUUUUCUCCCAUCUCCCUCCCCCACCUUCCCAGAAGAUCUUGAGGCUUAUUGAAGAAAGCACUCUUUGCCAAGGAGAACCAUCUGUAGAAGCAUAGUUAACAGAUUAUAUACAUAACUGAGCACUUGUUCACAUGUUGAAAUGGACUCAAAGCUUCUUACUGCAGAAAAUUCUGACUUUGCCUGCAGGUGUCUCCCUCCUCGUUGAGUUAAGAUGGCCUUAUAUCAAAGCAAGAGUCCUGAUCAGAAAUCUCAAUUUCCAUUAUAGAUUAUUAGCCUUAUAACCUGCUUAUCUGGCUUGAAGACAUGUGGUUCUGCUCUUAAUCAGCAAUGUGCAACAUUUAUACUCUCCAAGGAUCAGCAAACUUUCCGUAAAGGAUUUGUUAUGGACUGAAUGUUUUUGUCCCCCAAAAUCUUUAUGUUGAAAUCCUACCCUGCA